AUGUCUUCGAGUCCAGCUCGUCCAGAGCACUCGUCUCCCAUUCGCUCCUACCACAUGCGACGAUCCCGGAACCGCGCCAGAAGGUCGAACAGCUAUGCCACCAACCGCUUCUCCUCAACCCGCAAGUCCACCAACCUCCUGAAUCGACCAUCCGAGCGAAUUCAAAGCGUCCUAGAGGACCUAGUCGACGAACUCGGAUACCCCAGGUCCAUGAUCAGAAGUAUCGAAACCAGGAGGCAGCAGAUGACCCUCGGCACCAUCCUCGAUAAGAUCCAAAGGGAGUCGGAGAAACCUCGAGACUUGCAAGAGGAGGAUUUCCUGACCGAGAUUGAGGAGGCGAUUUUGAAGAGUUACAUGGAAGGAAACAAUGGAAAGUUGAUCGACGAAGAUGGUAAUGAAGUCGAAGUUUAUUUUGGCGACGAAUCCGAUGAUAGCGACGACGACGACCAAUCGGAGGCUGAAGAGGUAGAUGAGCAAGGUGCCGAAGAACGUGAGGUUGAAGGGGUACACGAAGAAGAAUCGCAGCCAAUCUAUCCCAGCAUCAACGUCGUGGAGCCAAACGACACACCUGUUGUUGAAGCCCUCAAGGCCGCCGUCGAGUCGACCACCGCAAGAAGGAACAGCCUCGUCACCCCAUUCCCAGUCAAUCGCCGAAUGCGACGAGAGCAGCAGCCCCGGGACCUCCUUCGAACCAUCCUCGAGCGAACCGAAGGACCGACUCCCCGCCCCGAGUCCAACGCGAUCGAGACAUACGCUAUGGCUUCACCCAUGAUUGUUUCGCCUCUCAACAUUGCAACCAACGAUACGGCCGUGAAGGCCACCCCAAAGACCGAACUGGUCGAGAUGGCUUCUCCAUCGGCAGAAUCGCCAGCUGUGUUCAGAGGCGAGCAACAAUUCGGGGGCCUGCAAGUACCCGUCUUCCCAUUCCCCACCCGAACUUCCAAGGCCGGCUCAACUCCAUACCCCAAGAGGGCCAAAGUCGCGUCGCCCGUGCCCAUGGACAUUUCGCCCAUCCCUCCGACUCCAGCUCCCGCCCCAGCCCCUGCGGCGAACGCCCAGCCUCACCCUUUCACCCAAAGCGCCCCGGCCCCUCCCACCGCCUUCACAUUCACCUACCCAUCCAACUUGACCAUCCCGGCCCUCUCGCGAUCGACCAACGAAGUCCCCGCCAGCCACACCGAACUCAAGCUCUCCGACCUCGAGCCAAUCGCCCGAAAGCCGGUCGCUGCCGCGCCAUCCAUCGCCGAGGGUCGAAAGUUGGGCAGGUGGGAUAGUUUCCAGAGGGAGAUUGGUGAAGUUGGGAAGACUGUCGAUAAUAAGCCGUCUGGAGUCCAGGGGAGCCCAAAGGCCGUGCGACCCCUUGGUCGAGAGGAAAGUUCGUUUGUUGAGGUCGAUAGGGCGUAUGAACGGCGUGCGAAGAAUCCGAGAAUGGCGGGGGUGGGGUAUCAACCGUAUCAGGCGGCGAAGGAGAGAGAAAUCCAGCAGAGGAUGGAGAAAGCGGCGUUGAUGCAGAAGGCUUUGAGGCAGUCUAAAGAGUUAUUGGAAAGGAAACGAUCCAUGUCAUCGCUCGACGGCAGCCUCUCCAGCUCAAGGAAGAGACGGUUGGACAACAAGCUCGAACAAGGCGACAACGAGGAAAGCGCGAGGUCGAUUCGUCGCCGAUGCAACCCUCUCGACCAGACUGGCCGCAAGCGCGCUGGUGCCAGCACCCAGCAACGCUGGGUUCCGAGCGCCCGUUUCGACUCCCCUACCACCAGCAGCGGAUGGGCUGGCUUGGGCGGUAUCGUUGGGAGAUUCGUUAACUGGGCUACCAAGGCUUGA